AUGAAAAUUGGGGCGAAGAUCUUCAAGCUAUAUCUCCUUUGUUGGGUAGUAUAUAUAUACUGCUCUCAACUGAUUAAGAAGCACAACGGUGCGGUUCUCACGAAGCUCUUUGAUCGAACGAGCCCAACGUCGAUCAAUUUGGUGAUAGCUCAUCCCGACGAUGAGGUUAUGUUCUUUGCUCCCACUGUAUUGCAAAUGGACACUUACUUCGCAAGGGAUGUAGAGGUUCGAGUAAUAUGUUUAACUAACGGUGGAGCGGAUGGGCUGGGUGCGACUAGAGUAGCGGAGCUUCGACAUUCAAUGCGUAUGCUCUUGCCAAGUCGUAAGACCAGCGUAUUCGUUUCCGAUUUCGAAGACGGCAUGGCUGUCGAGUGGGAUAUAGCGAAGGCUACUGCAGUUUUAGAUGAGCACAUUAAGGACUCUAAGCCACUCUUGCUUACAUUUGAUGAAGACGGUGUGUCGGGCCAUGUAAACCACAUAUCAUGCUUUCACGCUGUUGAGUUGUUGAAGCAGAUACAUCCAUCCGUUGAUACCUAUGCAUUAGUGAGCUCCAAAUUUGUGUUGCUGAAAUAUUUGGGCUUCUUACCUGGACUAUAUGAGACAGCACGUAACACAGGACGUACCCUACUGAUAAGUUCUUUCGCUCAGUAUAUCCACGCCUUUGCUGCCAUGACUAACGCACAUGUAUCUCAAAUGGUGUGGUUUAGAUAUGGCUGGUGGAUUGCCAGCACUUUUGUUUUCAGUAAUGAGUUACAGAGAUUUUAA